GAUCUAUCCCAAUGGUACCCACAGUUGUUUUGGGCUGCUCAUAUCUUAUAUCUUCGUCUUUAAUAGCAGAAUGAGUUUAAUGUCAAGAUGGGGGCUUGCUAUGCUAUUUGCUGUGUUUUCAGGAAUUGCAGGUGGAAAGAUGAUGGUGGGCAGCAGCUAUAAAAGCAAGCCUUGGAGAGUUAGUGUAGUUAACAACUGUAGUUUCAACAUAUGGCCCGGAGUGCAGCCAAGGGCAGGUUACCCUGUUCUAGCACUAGGAGGGUUUUCUCUCAAACCCAAUCAGAUCAAAAGCUUCAAUGUGACAAAGCAGUGGGAGGGACAUAUUUGGGGCAGGACAGGCUGCAACUUCACACAGCUAAAUGCCUGCCUCACAGGAGAUUGCAAUGGAAAACUACACUGCAAUGGCACAAAGGGAAAAAACCCUCUCACUCUUGUUGAGCUAUCAUUCCACCAUAAUAUCACAACUUAUACAGUAAGUCUUUUGCAGGGCUUUAAUUUGCCCUUAACCAUUACAGCUCAUGGAGGUGAAGGGAAUUGUAGUAAGGCAGUAUGCAGAGGUAAUAUCCUCAGCACUUGUCCUCAUAUUAUGCAGGUGAAGAGUGUUGCAGAGGAAGUGGUAGCCUGCAAGAGUGCAUGCCAGGCUUUGAGAACAGAUAUGUACUGCUGUGCUAAUCAGUAUAACAGUUCUGAUGCAUGCACUCCUAGUCAGUAUGCCAUCAACUUUAAAAGGGCAUGUCCUCAUGCUUAUGCAUUUCCUUAUGACAAUGCUGAUUUGAUUCACACUUGUAUUCACCCUAGAGAGAUCAGGCUCAUUUUCUGUCACUAAUCCACCUGACUAAACUAAAUGAUUAAGGACUUUGCCCUAGUGUUUUGGUUCAAUAGUAGGCAGGCACCCAUCACUGUGUCACAAGUAGAGUUACAUUAGUAACUCUUCAAUAUAUCUGACAUCAAUUCAAAAUUUUGUAGAUCUUGGUUUAAUGGCAAAAUCUAUGUUGGAGGCAUCUAGAUAGUGAUGAGUUGAAAUCAUCUACAAUACAAUACAAUUUAUUUUUUUUAUA